AAAGCGCCCUCCCUGCCCGGGCCGGGAGAAGUAAGGGGUGUGAAGGCGGAGCCACUGGGCUGGCAACACCCUCCCGAAGGUCCAGCCCUUACCCGCCUUCCUACCACCUUAGGGGAUUUGGCCCGGAGAACGAGAUCACCCUCUCAAUGAAAGGCAGAUGUCCCUUUAAGGUUUGCUUCUACAGCCCGUGGACUUUAGCCUAAACACGGACCCGCGAAGCUGGCUUUAUUUGUCCAUGUCUCGGACAGAGCCUGGGAAGCUGCCAGUGAAAUUUCAGAGACCAAGAGCGCGAAGGGGCGGGCGAUGUGGCAAUCCGUCUGGGAUGUGAAAAGCGUGGAGCGCAUUUAGAGGCAUUCGACGAAAACACAGGAAAUCACUCCUCUCCCGCUCCUGGGCGCCGCUGCCACUGGGGCAGAGGACUGGGAACCGCAGCAGCGGGAUAAGUGGCCCAGCCAGAGAGCGCAGCUCCCGCGCCCGGUCCUGCCCUGCGAACCAGCGCGGCCCCCUGGCGCUGAGGCUGCUCCGGCCAUGGCCCCUCGGCCCCGCGCCCGCCCAGGGGUCGCUGUCGCCUGCUGCUGGCUCCUCACUGACAGGGAUGGAAGAGAAAACUUAGGAAGUUGAAGUUUGGCAUUAAAAUAAAGGACUCGCCACCACUCUGUGCACCUUCUUGAGGGAGUUCAGUCGUCCGGAGCGCCUCACAGCUUAGUGCUCCUGCGCACGCGCGAACUGCGGCCCCGCCUCUCCUUUGGGGACGGGAGACGUGCGUCGGGUCGCGGGACGCGGGCUGCGCAUGCGCCUUCAUUUCGUCAGCCCGCUGUUGCGUGCUGCCAGCGGGAACUGUGGAGGGGCAGAUUUUCGCUGCAGUGUUCCCCGAGCCUGUUAGACGCAGCGCGCCGGGAGACUGAGAGAGCAAAGGAUAGAGGAAGUGCUGCCCUAGGCUGCAUGAGUCGAAGCAAGCGUGUUUCCUUCCCGCCAGGCAAGUGCCCUUAGAAACCGGGUCCCGCCCCCUUCCUGGCCUGCAUUCCCAUCCCCUCUCCCGGGGCGGAGGUGAGGACCUCCUUGGUUCCUCUGGUUCUGUCAGUGAGCCCCUUUCUUGGCCAUGAAGCUCGUGAGGAAGAACAUUGAGAAGGACAAUGCGGGCCAGGUGACCCUGGUCCCCGAGGAGCCUGAGGACAUGUGGCACACUUACAACCUCGUGCAGGUGGGCGACAGCCUGCGCGCCUCCACCAUCCGCAAGGUACAGACAGAGUCCUCCACGGGCAGCGUGGGCAGCAACCGGGUCCGCACUACCCUCACUCUCUGCGUGGAGGCCAUCGACUUCGACUCUCAAGCCUGCCAGCUGCGGGUUAAGGGGACCAACAUCCAAGAGAAUGAGUAUGUCAAGAUGGGGGCUUACCACACCAUCGAGCUGGAGCCCAACCGCCAGUUCACCCUGGCCAAGAAGCAGUGGGAUAGUGUGGUACUGGAGCGCAUCGAGCAGGCCUGUGACCCAGCCUGGAGCGCUGAUGUGGCGGCUGUGGUCAUGCAGGAAGGCCUCGCCCAUAUCUGCUUAGUCACUCCCAGCAUGACCCUCACUCGGGCCAAGGUGGAGGUGAACAUCCCUAGGAAAAGGAAAGGCAAUUGCUCUCAGCAUGACCGGGCCUUGGAGCGGUUCUAUGAACAGGUGGUCCAGGCUAUCCAGCGCCACAUACACUUUGAUGUUGUAAAGUGCAUCCUGGUGGCCAGCCCAGGAUUUGUGAGGGAGCAGUUCUGCGACUACAUGUUUCAACAAGCAGUGAAGACCGACAACAAACUGCUCCUGGAAAACCGGUCCAAAUUUCUUCAGGUACAUGCCUCCUCCGGACACAAGUACUCCCUGAAAGAGGCCCUUUGUGACCCUACUGUGGCUAGCCGCCUUUCAGACACUAAAGCUGCUGGGGAAGUCAAAGCCUUGGAUGACUUCUAUAAAAUGUUACAACAUGAACCGGAUCGAGCUUUCUAUGGACUCAAGCAGGUGGAGAAGGCCAAUGAAGCCAUGGCAAUUGACACAUUGCUCAUCAGCGAUGAGCUCUUCAGGCAUCAGGAUGUAGCCACACGGAGCCGGUAUGUGAGGCUGGUGGACAGUGUGAAAGAGAAUGCAGGCACCGUUAGGAUAUUCUCUAGUCUUCACGUUUCUGGGGAACAGCUCAGCCAGUUGACUGGGGUAGCUGCCAUUCUCCGCUUCCCUGUUCCCGAACUUUCUGACCAAGAGGAUGAUUCCAGUUCUGAAGAGGAUUAAUGAUUGAAACUUAAAAUUGAGACAAUCUUGUGUUUCCUAAACUGUUACAGUACAUUUCUCAGCAUCCUUGUGACAGAAAGCUGCAAGAAUGGCACUUUUUGAUUCAUACAGGGAUUUCUUAUGUCUUUGGCUACACUAGAUAUUUUGUGAUUGGCAAGACAUGUAUUUAAACAAUAAACUAAAAGGAAAUAAUCUCCACGUACUACCA